GCAGGGCCGGUCCCCGAGGGAGGGCCGGUCGGUCCCCGAGGGCAGCGCGGCCCCUCCCGUCCCCCGCAGCCCCUCCGGCCGCUCUCCCCGCGCCGUCCCCGCCGCCCCAACGGCCCCGUGCGGACACCGGCACCGGCCGUUCCCCCGGGGGGGGUGGGGGGUGUCCCUGAGGCGCCGCCGCCAUCUUCGCCCCUCGACGGAGAUGCGGCGGGGGCGGCCCGCGGUGCCGCCGCCGCUGCUGCUGCUCCUCCUGCUGCUGCUCGCGGGGCCCCGGCCCGGGAGAGCGGCCCCGAGGGACCCCAGCGAGGAGUGUCAGCAGCAGCCGCCCCUGGCCCGGAGAGCCACGUCCUGGAUCGUGGGGGGCCACGAGGCCCCGGAGGGUGCGUGGCCGUGGGUCGUGAGCCUGCAGGUCCUGCGAGGGGGCGUCCGGUUCAUCCACCUCUGCGGGGGGGUCCUGCUGAGCCGCAAGGCCGUGCUGACCGCCGGGCACUGCGUCGAGGGCAGGAGGAAUCCGUGCUUCUGGCGCGCCGUCCUGGGCCUGCACAACCUGCACAGGCACGGCCCCCACACGGCCAAGAGGAGGAUCAGGAGGAUCCUGGUGCACUCGGAGUUCAAGAGUGAGACCUUUGAGAACGACGUGGCCGUGUUCGAGCUGAGCUCGGCCGUGCAGUCCAGCCUGCACAUCCAGCCCAUCUGCCUCCCGCCCGCGCCGCUGCAGCCCCAGCUGGAGAACGGCUCCGACUGCUACGUCAGCGGCUGGGGCCGCACCGCCGAGAAGGGUAAAAUCUCACCUGUGCUGAAGGAAGCCCGGGUGGAAAUCCUCCCUCCCAGCCUGUGCAACAGCUCCGAGGGCUACGCGGGGCUCAUGGACCACAGGGUGCUCUGCGCCGGCGCCUGGGCCGGGGGCACCGACACCUGCCAGGGCGACAGCGGGGGCCCCUUGGUGUGUUACCACCCCGACAGGUAUUACCUGAUCGGCAUCGCCAGCUUCGGAGUCGGCUGCGGCCGCCCCAAAUACCCCGGGAUCUACGUCCAGCUCUCCCAGUACAGGACAUGGAUCAAGACAAAACUUAAGCUGACCAGCAGGACUCCAAAACCCACGAGCACCACGCUCACCCUCCUCCUGACUGUGGCACACACGGUGCUCACCCAGACCUUCUGAGAGGGGCAAACCCAGCGUGGCACCACCGCGGAGCUCGGCCCGGCCGAGCUUGGGAAAAACCAGCUCCCUCCUUGGCCCUGCCUGGGAGAGCUUGGGAAAAACCAGCUCCCUCCUUGGCUCUGCCUGGGAAAGCUUGGGAAAAACCAGCUCCCUCCUGACUCACAAUAAAUCCGAGAGCCAAAGGACGUGCACUUA